GAGGAGAGAGAAGAAGAGCCUCCCAUUACAGUUUACAGACUAGUCUGCUCCCCUCCCCCCUCCGCGAACAACAUGGCGAACUGAGCUGAGUACACCUGCGCUGCUUUCUGCACUCUUCAACUUUUCUGUAGCUUGAUGUAACUUUUCUAAUGGUCUAAAUCAUUCGUGGUAAUCGACCCGCUUCUGAUAUCGGUGUGCGCUUUUGGGGCUGUUCUGUCGUCUCGAUGAAACCUUUACCGGAACCAUGUAGCGAGCAUCAGAAGAAGAGCUCGGACUCUGCUGCCCGCGGGGAGAUGCCGAGUGUGGAGGCGAAAGCUGCACCUGGAAACACGGAGCUCAGCGCGGAGAGUCCAGCACAGCUGAAUGGCUUCACUGUACCUCCGAGUGUGACUGGUGCUGCCUCGCAGACUCAGUCUCACUCUCCCUCUCACGCCCCUCCACUGAACAUCCAGCCUCCCAGAGAGCAGUGGGGUGGCAAGUAUGAGUUUCUGCUCUCCUGUCUUGGCUACUGUGUCGGCCUGGGAAACGUCUGGAGAUUUCCUUACCUCUGCUACCGGAAUGGUGGAGGUGUAUUUCUCAUCCCGUACUUCAUCAUGCUGUUCUUCACGGGCAUGCCCCUCUUCCUUAUGGAGCUCAGCUUGGGCCAGUAUGGCGCCGCAGGCCCCAUUACCGUUUGGAAAUGCUGUCCACUGCUUAAAGGGAUUGGCAUAGGGAUGCUGUGUGUAUCUACACUGGUGUGCCUCUAUUAUAAUGUCAUCAUUGCUUGGACCUUUUAUUACCUUGGUAAUUCCUUCCAGAGCCCACUGCCAUGGUCCUGUGAUGCUAGUGCUAAUGCUAAGUUCUGUAAUACAACCAAUACCACAAUCUCUUUGAGUCCAUCUGAGGAAUUCUGGAAUGACCGAGUCUUGGGUGUGCGAAGUAGUAAGGGCCUGCAUGACCCUGGGCCUGUGAGGUGGGAGCUUGCUCUGUGUUUGCUGGCAGCAUGGGUCAUCAUUUUCCUUUGCAUGCUGAAGGGCAUUCGCAGCUCAGGCAAGGUGGUGUAUGUGACAGCCACCUUUCCCUACUUUGUACUGAUAGUUCUGAUCAUCAGAGGGGCCACUUUGGAGGGCUCUCUCCAGGGUGUGGCCUUCUACCUCACUCCAGUCUGGGAGCGACUGGCUAAUGCACAGGUGUGGAACGAUGCUGCAUCACAGAUCUUUUACUCACUGGGCAUUGGAGUAGGAGGACUUCUGUCAAUGGCUUCCUACAAUAAAUUUGACAAUAAUGUCAUCAGGGAUACGCUGGUGAUCACCAUUGGAAACUGUACCACCAGCUUCUUUGCAGGCUUUGCAAUAUUCUCCAUCUUAGGUCACAUGGCCUGGAGGAAGGGUGUGCCUGUAGAAAAAGUGGCAGACACAGGUCCAGGCUUAGCUUUUGUAGCAUACCCAGAGGCCUUAGCUCUUUUGCCUGGUUCGGUUUUCUGGGCCAUUCUGUUUUUCCUCAUGUUGUUCAUGCUGGGAGUGGACACACUGUUUGGUAACAUGGAGGGUAUUACCACAGCAGUGCUGGAUGAGUUUCCUCAGCUGAGGGCCAAUGUGAAACACAAGACUUUGUUUCUGGGCCUGCUCUGCUUUGGCUUCUACCUGAUGGGCCUAUUGCUGGUCACUGAUGGAGGAAUAUACUGGUUCACCCUUAUAGACUCAUUCAGCACCAGCUUUGGACUCAUCAUUAUCACUCUCUUCAUGUGUCUGGGCAUCUCAUUCUUUUAUGGGGUGAACCAGUUCUGCCAGGACAUAGUGGACAUGAUCUGUCACUGUCCACCAUGGUGCACCAAAGUGCUGCUCUACUUCAAAGCGUGCUGGGUAUUCUGCACACCAUUCUUGUUACUGUUCAUCCUGACCUACAUCUUCAUUGAGAUGUACAGAACCUCUCUCCAUUACGGCCUGUAUGUGUUCCCACUGUGGGGCAAGGCGCUGGGAGUUUGCAUGGGAACCAUUUGCUGUCUGCAGAUUCCUAUCUGGGCCAUUGUAGCUGUCUGUAAGGAGUCUGGUACGCUGAAAGAUCGUUUUCAGAAAGCCAUCCAACCACUCAACUCCUGGCGGGUAAACAACCUGAACAGCAGCACUCAGGAGCAGCGCGUGGAGCCAGAGAGAAUAGACGGACCCUUCACUGUAAACCUCACCGAGGUGGACUUCACUGCUAUGGCCUGGGAGAGCAGUGAAGCAUGAUAAUGUGCUCUCCCUGUGUUAUGAGAGCAAAUUACAAGAGAAGAUGACUCUCUGUUUUGCGGCCAUGGGCAAAAGCUCACACUGCCUAAUGAUUACACUCUCAAAAAUGAUGUGUUAACUGACAGUACGCCUUUUGUGUUAUCACUGUUUACACACAUUUUAUAUCUGGCUAGAAGAAUACAGCAGAAUGCAUUGACUGUAGAGCACAUAAAUACAUUCUGAACACAAUCGGCGUGCUAAAUUACUAAUUAUUUGGACAUAGAGACUGUGUUAUCUGUAACACAUCUGCUUUGAGAGUGUAGUAAAAAUAUGUACUCCAUGCUAUCUGCACUAUUUGGUGUUUAGUGCCUAAACAGUGCCUGUUUUCUGUGCAGUAAUCAGAGGACUUGCAUAUUUUAAAACUGGAAAUAAGUGGGCAAUUUCAGGUAUUUGUUUUUCAGGAAGCUGAGUUACUAACAGCAUUCCAGUCUACUGUUCUCAGAAAACCUGAUUGUCAGUCAUCUAGUGAAACAAGCCUUUCGCCCAACGCCAGCAUAAGGAGAGCAGCUGAGGUCUUCCCCAAUGGGGAUUAUUCAGAAAAGCAAAGUUAUUGUUGAAAUGGUCCUCCAACACAUUAUGCUGUAUUAUUUAUGUUAAUGUGUAUUUUAUGUUACUGAGUAUCUUACUAGUUUUACCUUGAGCCUUCCGCUUCACCAGAACUGGGCCAAAGCAUAAAAGUGUAUGUGAGGGGAAACACAAACAUUUAUAUUUAUAUUUAACCAUCUAUUACAGUGUCAUUGUCUCAGUGGGUUAGCUCCCACAACAGGAAGACUGAUUUUAAAUUAAUGAUAGUUUUGUCUUGUAUGACCUGUGGUUCAGAGACGAAUGUCACCCAGAGAUCCAGUGACUGUGGAAUAAAGUUUUAGACCCAUUCAUCCAUGGAAAAAUGAA